UUGCCGCGGGGCGUGGUUCCGUCGGCUGUUCGUUCUGUUCUUAUAGGUUCAGACAAAGAAAACAGAAACAUGUAGAUCAUGGAAGCUGAAUCACGACCAGGGAAAAGAAGCAGGAGCUCUGUCUUGGACACUUCACCUAAGAGUGACGGCGAAGGACGCAACGAGAGGAAUUAAGUCAUUACAAAAACCCCUUUGACGCCCACACCACCCGUUGACCUGAGAGCGUCCCGCAGCCUGAGCCAUGGAGGACGAGGUGGCGAGGAGCUUCCUGGGCAGGUUUGUGCAGGAGUUCCCGGCUGCUCUGGAUGAAGGGAGCCCGUUGCCCGUCAGCGCCCUGAGCCGCAGAGUGUCUGUGGAGGAGCUGCACGGCGAGAGCCUGGAGCUGGGCCUGCGUCUGCUGACGGCCAGGGGCGCCUCUGCCGGCCUCGCGGCCCUCUUGUGCCAUGAAGCCUAUUCCCAGCUGCUUCAGAAUGACCUGUCACCUUUCUACAUCCCACAGGACGCGGACGCCGACCAGGAAGAUAAAAAGGAACUCAAAUUGCUUCAGUCUGAGUCCGUCCAGCGCCUCUUCCUGAACACGCUGAUAAAUGUAGCUCUGUCAUGGCAUCAAAACAUCCCCAGCGACCUCUGCCCGUCCCGAUGGCUGCCCUGCUCCACUCACGCCAUCAAGAACACUCGGCGGAAAAUGGAGGACAAACACGUGGCUCUAGCAGAGUUCAACCAGCUCUUUGGCAUCCAGGAUGGCGUGGAGAGGGCCUACUAUGCGGUGUUUGACGGCCACGGAGGCGUGGACGCGGCCACCUACGCCGCCACACACCUCCACGUUGCUCUCAGCAAACAGGAGACACUGAGGAGCGAUGCAGCCGCGGCCUUUAAAGUCGCCUUUCAACACACUGAUGACAUGUUCAGAAGCAAAGUCCAGAGAGAGCGUCUCCGGAGCGGCUCCACGGGUGUGGCGGUGCUGAUCCAGGGUCAGGAGCUGACGGUGGCCUGGCUGGGAGACUCUCAGGCAGUACUGGUGAGAAAGGGAGAAGCUGUAACGGUCAUGGAGCCUCAUAAGCCAGAGAGAGAGGAUGAGAAGCAGAGGAUUGAGGACCUGGGGGGCUGUAUAACCUUCAUGGGCUGCUGGCGUGUGAAUGGCACUUAUGCCGUGUCCAGAGCUAUAGGUGACUUUGACCAGAAGCCCUACGUGUCCGGAGACGCAGACUGCACCGUGACCCGGCUCCACGGGGAUGAGGACUACGUGCUGCUGGCGUGUGACGGCUUCUUCGAUGCAGUCAGACCUUCGAUGGUUCCAGAGCUGGUCCUGAACGCGCUCCAGCAGCCGGUUGAUCCUGAAGAAGGAGCCGGCGCUUCGCUGAACCAGACGGAGGAGGCAGUUGGGCCCAGAGUGGCUCAGCGCCUGGUAGCCCACGCUAAAGCAGCUGGUUCCAGUGAUAACAUCACCGUGAUGGUGGUUUUCCUGCGGCCUCCGGGGCAGCUGCUCUCUCAGGUCUCCAUGACGGGAACUGCAGAAGCUGCUCUGGACUCCACGUCCCAAGAUGCAGUGCCCCAGUGAAGGAGCUCUGGGCCCGACCCCACUUUGCUCAGCUACUGCCAGUGUUUGAGCCUUUCCAGGCUUUGGUGAGUGUAGUGGUUGUGUUUGAAGCAGAUGGAGCCUCCGGUGCUGGUGUGGUGGAGGUUGGUUUGCUGUGUUGGUUACUCACAUGUUCAUCAUGCGUGGUGUCACUUCUGUCUGUGUGUCAGAGCUAAACCUUGAGUCUAAAUGUCGGAGCUCUGGCCAACAUAUUCAUUAUGGACAGAAGGCUGACGCGGAUCUGAAACUUUGGUAACAUAUUAACACAUAAAACACAGCUUUUAUCAUAAACUGAUGUCAGAGUGAAAUCAAAGUAUUAACGCUUUGUCCUUUUAACAGUGAAGCCGUACAAUGUAAUCGCUACUGAAUGUUUAGCGCUGGUUAAGUGUGUCGCCUUCAUACAUCUAGUACAUGGGUUGAAAUGAAGUCUUAUUUUUUUAGUUGCUUUCACACGUCUGCUUCCUGCUGACUCCACGCUCUCCUAGAAGACUGUUACUCCUUUUACUUCAGUAUUACAAGCAGCUGCUGGUUCAUACUGGUGCUACCAACCUCACUGUGCCUGUGGCAGCCAUGAUUCUGGCUUCCUUUACUGCAGCUUUAACGUCCUGGGAGGGAGCUUGAACUUUCUUCAGUUUCACAUGAGUUUGUUUGUUACAAGUAGUGAUUUGGAUGAACCCAGCAAACAUCACAACAGGUGAACAACUAUUGGGCAUCACAGCGCAGUGGAUGCUCUACGCUCAGUAUUUGUGACUUUACCGUGUCCUCAUCACUUCUUACAGUAUUAACAACACAUCAGCUAUAACAUAUGAGCACACUUCCUGUUUCACACAUGACUUCAUGCAUAUGAUGUAUCAGCAGCUGAAUAAAAAGGUGAACACA